UAUUUUUAACGGGUGCUCACAAAACACCGGGACUGCAUCGUGCGCCUUUGGCGCUUUGGUACCUUGCGAGCUUUGGUUCAUCGCGUUUUUAAAAAUGGAAAUUUUGAUAUUCCCGCGUAAAAGAAGACCGAUAAAACGCGUCUAUCAUUGACUACAGUGAAACGCCCGGAAACGAAGGAUGUUUUGAAAGAAACGGGAAAACUGAUAAAAGUAAAUAUUUGUUUUGAUAAGUGAAAUUAAUGAGAAAUAACCAGAAACUAGUUUUGUUUUUUUGUUUUUUAAAAGCGGUUUGUCUGGUACCAGAUUUGUACAAUUACUUUCAAUCAAACAGGGAUCGGGUUUUGUUAAUUAGGACAGAAUGUAAUUAAAAAGCAUUAUGUUGACAGCUACAAGGCAAAUGCUUGCCUUAAGCUGCGAGUAUCCCGCCAUGUUUUAAACAAAGGGCCUCUGACCAAGCCGGCAUUCUAAUCCGCCACAAAUAUGUGAAGCACGCGUCUUUCAAAGUCGCCUACUACUUAAAAUUGGGACUCUGGCCUGUUAUAAGUUUCCAAAACAAUGGAUAGCGGUUUUCGCGUGCUCUGAUUGCCUACUCAAACUAGGGAAAUACAGGGUUUCACCUCAAACCGACGCCAAACUCGGCGUAAGAGCAAAAUGGCUCUCCGCUUCGGUUUCCUACAGGAACAAAUGAAGAAAUUCCACAAAGAAACAAAAAAACUGUUUACGACAACACGAACGGUUUCAAAUACAGGAAGAAUCCGAAACUCCUUUGGAGGAAAUGUUCCCACAAGAGGUAGAAAAUGUCUUCAAAAGUUUCCUUGUCGGGCUGGCAGUUCGGUCAUUUGCAUUGUGCGCCAAAAUUGGCAGCAAUAAAUGAGUCAAAAAUCAUCAUUUUUGAGCUCAAUUACCUCACUGUUUUACCUCGGUCGAGGUGUCUCGUGGCGAAUAUUACUGGCCACCUCGACUUUGAUGAAUAAUUGUUCUCUAUUUUACCUUUCUUUCAUUCAUUUCGCGUUGAAACCAGUGUUUGCAUCGCGAAAUGUCCGCUGUUUAUUGAGGCUAGUAAAAAAUGAUUUUUUAAGAAUCUUGCGUUGUCCUCAACACAAUGCACAAAAGUUUUUUGCUUAAAAUUAAGGGUAAUUACACAAUUUUUUUUUGUUUUGUGUUGAAAAAAAAAAAAAUCAUCAAACCCAAAUCGGUAUGGCAAAAACUUACACAGUUGAUAUUUGCUUGAUACAUGUUUAGCUCCCAAGAAGCCAGGUAAAGAUGGUGAGGUUGGCGUUCAAUACAUCAAUAUGGGGAAAAUCUCGGACCGCAAGCGGAAUGAACUUGACUCAAAGACUAAGAAAAGCUAUCCACUGGCAGUAAUUAACAUCAUCAGAAGAGAAGCUGAGGAUCUGUUACUAAGCAACAGCAAUGAUAAAAAAGGGAGAGACUCGUUGAUGUUUAUACUCAGCUUGACUAAUGAAAGAAGUGAUUUGAAGACGCUGAAGAAAGGUAAGACAUCAUACGUUCCCUUCAUAACUUUAACGUAAUUUAGAACUAAAACCAAAGUAAAACCAUCUCUAAUUCAAAAACCAAAAUUAUUAUCGUAGUAUUUAAUUAUUUUUUGAAUGAAAGAUGGCUUCAGACUUAAGAAAUAUAUAUUUCUUAAAAGUGAUUAUCGUACUAAGAUGGUUUUGAAAUGGCAUCCGGUUUUUAUUCCAGAUGUUCAACAAAAGCUUGUUUUUCUGGGUCAAGAGGGCUACGACAUUUUUGGCAAGAAUGAUAUGUUUGCACCUCGCGUCAAAUGGCAAUCUCUUGAAAAAUCCGUCGAGGAAAUUAAGACGGCAGCAGAAAGCUAUGAAAACGCUUUCAACGAUAUUAUUUCUACUAUAGAGAAAGAGCAAAACUUCAAAAAGGUAAGUGAUUUUGACAUUCGGAACGCGCGGUAUUUCUGAAUCACAUUCGCUUGUCAGAACCUGUAUAGGGUCCCGGUUUAACCAGAUUUAACUUUUUCCUGGUUAUGACAUUUUUGAUCAAACUAAUAGCGUUAACUGACAUUGUUUGUUAUUAUUUAAACAUCUUGUUGGACAAUGUGGACUUUUUGAUGAUCUUUAAUCAUCUUUAAAUAAGUCAAAACUAUUAUGGUAUAUUCUAUUACGUUACGAAGGCCAAGGACACUGUUUGUUAUAAUAAUUACUAUUGAUUGUCUUUUAGGUAUCGUUUUUUGUUUUUGCUCAGUUUGUUUGUUUGUUUUUUCCUGUAGAUUGCCUCAAGAAUGUCUUCUGUAGUAGGCUUACACGUUAAUGCAGAGAAAAAGCGACUCGAAGAGGCCAAACUUAUUGCAGAAAGUGAAAAGACCACUUAUGUAAAGGUGAAUUCAUUUGGAAUGUUGCCGUGGAACGUUCAGUUUGACUUAAUAUGAAUUAUUUCUUUCUUAUCAUCGCUUCUUUUCUUUUCUUUUUUAUUCAUUUAUUUAUUUCUUUUCGUUGUUUUUGUUUUUGUUUUGUCUUUUGCCAGUCUAUUGAGUACCUCGAAGAACAGAUGUCGAGUAUAAUUCAAGAGGUUACUUCUGAGCUUCCGGGCGUUUAUAAGAAGGCCAAGUUCAACUCCCAAAAUCUAAUUGGAAUGCUUCAGGGACUUGUAGGAUUCGCUGCAGCCGGAGCUGCUAAGGACCCAUUCGCUUUCAUUGACCAGACACUGGCUCUUGCAGAAGAAUCAUCUCAACGUUGUCACCUAAAAUCUCUUGACUCAUACUUGGGUAGCAUUAAGCAAUGGUUGACAUUUGGAAAACAUUACAAGCCUUUGGUUGAUUCCAGUGAAUUAGACUUUGAUCAAAUGAACGUCAGUUCAGUUCCUCAGAUCAUGCAGGUAUAUAUGAGUCGCUGCAACGUUUUAAGACAGUAUACGGGUUUCAAUAAUUGCGGACCCUUAAUGGAGACCAACAGCUAUAUAGAGCACUAUGGAUCGGAACCGAAUCCUGGGGCCUUUUUCUCAAAAUUCCGGUAGCUUUUCGGGCCCGGAAAGCUAUGCCGUAUAUGUGGAGCGAUUUCUACGGUCACGAUUGCCUUCAAACUUGCAGACAUAAAACUAGAGAGCUCUGAGGCUUAUUUGCUGAAGUUGGGGAAAAAUCUAUCGUGGGAUUUCGAAGUUAUUUUCAUUUUUCGUAAAAAUGAGGUUUUAAAUAUAUGCCGAUAUCUCAAAAGUUUUUAUACCUAUAAGAAAAUAAAUAACAUUUUCUUAAAGUUCCAUAAUUAUUUAUUAAGGGUGCAAAAAAUCGUAGAAAUCGGUUGAAUCUUUCAUACUGAAAAACGCGAAUGAAAAACAUAACCAACGUCCAUAUAAAUAGGAACGGGCCACCUUAAAGACUUGAAAGGUAACCGUGGCGCUUGUUUUUUUUAAUCUUUCGUUUCUUAGAGAAGACACUCGGCAAUCUUCUGAUAUCAACGACCGCCGGACUGGUUUGAUCAAGCCUGUUAUUUUGCCUUUUUAUUUAUUUAUUUAUUAUUUGGUACUUUUCAAACUAAAGGAUGAAGACGCUGACUAUGAGAGCAAUAAUAAGAAGAUUAAUAUGUGCAACCCCCCUUUUUUUUUCUAAUUUCAGGCCAAUCUGGAAAUAAACAAGGAAAAGUUUGCUUCUGAACUUGUCUGUUUGCUGGAUGACGACUCUUUACCGCAGGACGUGGCAGUUUUUAAACAGUUGUUGGAAUCGUUUUUCAUCGCAGGUGCAGCUCGUAUUGACCUGAUAGCAGAAAUAAUGAAUCUUGACAACGACAUUGGGGGAUAUAACUUUGAUAUUCCCCUUCUUGACCAGACUGAGCAAGCAAUUAAAGAGGCAACUACAACAAAAGGUAACAGUGUUUUUUCAUUAACUAUCUUUAACUUUUAAAGAUUAAGUUAAGCAUCUUCUAGCGUCUCCUGCUGAUUACCAGUUUUAGAAGCAGGUUAAUCUGAAAAAUUGUUUUGAAAUCGAAUGUCCUAGGAAACCAAAUUAUUUACUUAUUUAUUUAUUUAUUUGUUUAUUUGCUAUGUGGUAAUUGAUUUUAGGCUAGUAUUGUUCUUUCCAUCGAAAUUUUUGUUAACCUUUAACCUCUCAUCUAAGAGCCGAAGGACUGUUUGAAAAUUCAGCUGCUAAGCCCGAGAACAUGAAAGAACCUCCGUAUAAUAGGAAAUCUGUUUCGUCACAUGUAAUAAGUUCCCCACUUCAGGAAAUCUAAGAGAAUGCACGUAGGGACAUGAGGCUUUGGGUACAGAGAUUUCUAGGAUUGUUUGGGUGGCCAAGGGUUAGUUAUGAUUGGUCGGCGAUGGUGUUCGUUACAACCAUUAACCAGCUAGUCAUAAGAAACACUUGUCCACUCAAACAAUCCCAGGAAUCGUUGCGCCGGAAGCUUGUACACAUUCAUCCCCUUGUAGUUUCUGGAGAGGGAAAUUCGUUUGGAGCUACUCAACAAGCAAAGGAGAAGAUAAAAACGGGAAAUAAAAGUACAAAGAACGUGAAUUUUUAAAUGACUUUUUCAAGGUGCCCCAAUAACAAAGGAACUCCAGCAGAUGUUUAUGGAUAACCUUCUAAGCUCAUAUAGGGAACUGGAAAGAUCUUUCAUGAAAAAGGUCUACGAACUUUACAAGGCUUUCAAGUUCCGUACAUUAUGGGAAGGAAACAAUCCCUUGGCCUCGUUCCGAAGAGUAGCGAGUGAAAGUGCAAAGGGCACGGGACGACUAAACGGCGUUGUACAACUCACUGGAGUGCUUCGAAAGUUCCAGAAACUUAAGGAUAAAGCUAACAAGUGUUUUACAUUUAACAAAUACACCACUGACAUUCACAGAUGGAGUUUCAAUAGUGUAAAAGACAAAAAGGUAAGUCUAUUUGUUCAUAGUUAAAGAAUUCUGGCUUGGAAAUAUUGUUUAGGUAAUAUGUUUGUGUGUGAUAUUAACGCGACUAAGAAACUUUGAGUCCAAUUUUAUGAGUCUUUGUUAAAAUAACCCCAAACGUAGUCAAGAGGGCAAUGAUGAAGCGAAUUCUCCUUCUUCCAAGUUGUUAUUCUAAGUUUUAAGUCUCUCCGUAAGUUCACAGUUGGUGUUUUAUCUGAGUCUGGAACUAAUAAUUAUGUCACCCAAUUGUUUCUCUUAUCAUUUUAAUUAAAAAGAUCAAUCUGAUUUUCGGGGUGAUUUCACUGUAAAUAGUUAUAUUUCCUUUUUGUCGUUAUUGUUUUUGUUGUUAAUUAGGCUGAUUUAGCAACAGAACGGGAACGUCAGUCGAUGACGGCGCGCCCAAAUCAAACAACUGGCUUGACCAAUGGCAGGGGUGCAAAUUGGGCAACGGAAGUCGUGUUCAGUCCUUUCUGCGCGCUUUUCCGUCGUCAACUGACGUUCCUGCCCUGUUGCUAAAUCAGCCUAUUACAUGGCGUAGGAAACGUUUACCCUUUUCUUGUCUUAAAAGCCAUUGGGUUACUGAAUUUUGUUGAAUUUAAUUAAGGGUAACCCGCAUGAAAACUGAAUAACCAAAAAAGAAAAGUAUUUCUGAUUUGAUUAUUCAACACUUAUGAUAUAAAGAGGAUGUUAAUAAGGGAGUUUUUGACCUGUUAUAUUUGUUGUUGACAUUGCGUUUUACCUGUUUCAGAUGUUUGAAGAUCUUGCCUCUAAAGGCUACACAAGAUUUACCAUUAACAUUGACCAGAGCUGUGAAAAAUGCUAUAACAUGCGUCUACUCAAGGUGAGAUCCUGAGAAAGUUGUGAAGGUCUUUUAUUUUCGGACACCUACAACAAGAUGAGGACAUUUUUAAGCUGAGGCAAUUUCGCCUUUGCCCACCUUUUUUCGCUUUAUCAUACAAAAAAAAACUUUUUUCGACUCGACCGUGCACAACGUUAAAUAGCAUUUCUAUCAUUUUGAACUUACUGACCAAUAGAAACAUCGCAUUAAUUUAUUCAAUCACUAUUUGUGAACAGAAAACAAAGGUUUGUGGAUGGUCAGGAAGCUUCCAACAUAAACUGCAGCACCAUUUGUUUCAUGUUUGAUGUUUGCCGAGUAACCAGUCUCAUCUAGUACUAACUAUGGUCUGGUGUGGGCCAUAAAAUUGUGAUGAUCUCGUUACUUGAUUACAACACCUUAUUAUGUAAAAUGCAACUGCCAUCAGUGGUGCUUGAACCUUCUGUACGCCAGUAUCCACUUGCGUACCCGAAACUGAUAUAAUUUUAAUUCUCAAUUGAUGUCAAACACUCUAAUCGCAGUGGAAUUCCAAAUAUAACAGAAAGCUAACAAAAACAUAUAACAAAGGUAGCCUGCAUACUAGGAGCUUUUUGAGCCAAGCGAGGCAAACGCGGCAUUUUGGGCGAAGCGCGAAACGAGCGCGAAGUGCGAGACGAGGGGAGAACAAAAAUAAAUAAAUAAAGUGUCUUUAUUGUUCAAAAGAUAAAAUUACAUAUCUUAUGUUACAUUUAAAUAUGGCAAUGUUAAUGGGCUAAAGUAUGUCUUUAAAUAAGAUUAGUAUACAUAGAAACAGAUACAAAAAUCGAACACAGAAAGUACACUAUCUCUAAUUUUUUGGAUAUGUAUCUGCGUUUAAAACAUCGAUCUAAACUACUGCUGGGCUAUAGUUAGCUCUGAUUCAGAGGCUCCAUAAACAGAUAAAGUAUAAGUAAUAUUAGGUAGAACUAUGGAAGAGAAUAAAUGGUCUACUUCUGCUUGGCUACAUCCUUCUUUUCGGAGGCAUCUGAUGACAUACAAGCAUUUAUUAAUUAGCUUUACAUAACUUUAAAUAAAGCUUUAUUUUCUUCUCCUCCCCUCGUCUCACGAUUCACGCUCGUCUCGCGCUUCGCGCAAAACGCCGGGUUCGCCUCGCUUGGCUCAUAAAGCGCCUUUUAUGCAGGCCAUAACAAAGGAAACUAACGGGUUUCAUAACCAUUCCACUUUAUUAACUAUGACUAGACGAUGGCUUCGUCCACACAAAUCCGGAAUUUUGUCUGGAAACCGCAAAUGAUUCACUUUACCCGUGUUCGUAUGGACAGGGCCUUAAACCCGUCUAGAAAGCAGUUUGAAAAUGUGCGCCUUCGAUGAGCGAAUUAAAUGGUUUCGUGUGGACUGAGAUUCGAUUCGUUUAACAUAUUAUGUGAUUUCAAACAUAGCCGGAUUCGUGUGGACGUGGCCUAUGUGUAAGAAACCUAGGGUCAGUUAUUUAAACGGACUUUAGCCUGAGUGUUUAACACCACUUGUCUUAAAAAGUUUCAUGAAAGCUUAAGGUGUAGGCUGAAAAAGUAAUUAUUUUCUCGAAAUAACCUACUAAGGAAGGUAUCUGGAGGUCCAACGGAUUUGCUAAACCUCGGCCUAAGUUAGACUUCGUUAAAUAAUCGACCCAUAGUAUUUAAGUAUGUCACUAUCACCUUGUUCUAAUAGCGUCUUAUCAAUUUAUACACCGUUUAGAUAUACACUGAGUUACUCGGUAAGGAGGAUCAACCAGACACUGUUCCACAGAAGAUUUAUCUUAAAUUGCGCCAUCUAAGUGGCUCAUUCUUUCGCGUGCCCGUCGAAAAAUCGGACGAAAACCCCAUCAAGCAAUACUAUCAGCCCGUAGCUUCAUACAGGACUAUCAAGUUUAACCGGUUUACACUGAGUAAUGUAGAGGAAUGUAAGAAAAGGAAAGGCAAAAACACAGGUGAACAAAAAAAGUAUUAGUGCCAGAAUAAAUCUUUAGCAAUUUUAAUUGUAGGAAUGCUGUGAUAUUCAUUUCCAUAUUUCUUUCUCUUUUUUUAUUUUUUCUAUUUAUUUUAUUUUUUCUAUUUAUUUUUUCAAAUUUAGCUAUCAUCGGUUGUUACCAACUAAUCUAACGGUCAUUCCAAUCAAAAUUGCUUGAUACUAUGGCAACUUCACCCGCGUUUAAUGUGCAUUAGAGCAGUACUAACAGUCCCGUUUAUAAGUAGAAAGUGUUUUCUAUGCCCUGAAUCUUAUGCCAAUUUUUUUCAAAUCAAAAUGUGAUAUUCCUUGGUUCUCUUGGUUCUAAGACUGAAUUUAGAAACGUUUACGCUUGGGAGAGGUGAGUGGAAAUUUUAAUCAAUGUUGCGUUCGUGGGGUCUGGAAAAUUAAAUGAAGGUUACUUAACUGACUUAAGGGGGUAACCUCACUUUUGAAUGAGGAGGCAUCGUGUUUGAGUGGUUGGCGCGUUAGACUCACAAUCUGGCCGUCUCGGCUCUCAGGCCACUUGCUGGAUUUGUUCUCGGCUGCUCCGCGUUCAAAUCCUUGGCCACGCUGCUAAUAUAUAAUAUAUAUAAACAGUCAACCGAAUUACCUCCUGCCAUUUGGGUUUUGAGUCCUGUUAUGUCAUAUUUGAAUUAUUUGUUUCUAGUUAUUUGAGUGAAGUGCUUGUAAACUAGCUGUGGAGGCUAAGUGCACUUUCCACUAUAAACAUACCUUUAACCAUUUAAACUUUUUAGUCUUUAUACACUGACCAGUUCUACUUCUAUGCGGUUUAAUUAGCAAACCAAAACCAAUCAACACCACAUGUAUAAGUGCUGGUCAAAUGAAUUUUUCCUUUCAGAAUCAUACUGUGUUUCCGAGGACGACUCUCGUUGGGUAGCAAUGUGUAAUCACGCCUUAAAUAAGCGCGGAAGUCACAGUAAAGACGCUUUGCUGGGGAUGGAGGAAUGCCAAAGCCCAUUUGGUAUUUACGAGCUGAAGAUACCUAUCGACAACAAGCUAGCAUGUGAUACCAACAGAAUUACAACCACGAACUGCAAAGAUCUUGAUGUGGGUAGUUGCUUUAGUCAUACUAAGGACAUUAGAAAAUUGCCUACUUUCGCGCUUUGUGUUUUAUAACUUCGAAAUAUAUGUACAUUAUCUCAGGAAAGAGUUCAAAUUCACACAGAUUAAGCCGUAGGGUGCUUGCGACCGCCUCUCUCUCUCUCAGGUGGCAAACUAAGGUAUUGGAGUUCAAAGGUGCACGUAAUAGACAGGAAGCUAAGGAUUUAGGAAAAAGAAAACGUAAUCAAAUCCAUAGCCCUCUAUUGGACAAUAGAUGAUACCGUAGCCUGUGAACAGGCUCUCUGUUUGGGGAAAAAUAGCGAGGAAAGGGAAGGGAAAGGGGGGGAGAGAGCCUGUAGACAAACAUUUGAGGCCGCUAUUCCGCCCUCUUGUAAUUAUCCUGCCGAUCAUCUGUCAGUAAGAUCGUUAUCGGUCAAUCAAUUUCGCGCGUGAGUAACUCCUGGGAAAAUUAACAGGAAAUGAGUGGUGUUUUGCUCCGUCUGAAAACAGAGUGAAAUGGAGCAUGAACCUCAUUGUUGAUUUUGCAAAAAGUCGUUGAUCUCCGGUAAGAGGAUUUAAAACAAGCCGUUCGUCUUGCUAGUUCGGUUUGUUAUUUAACAAGCCGCUGCAAUGAGCGAACUUGGAAUGCGGAAGGUACAGAUACUAUCAUGACUUCUCCAGAACGUGACGCUUCGAAGAUAAGUACAAAGAGAUCAGCAGCCGGCUUCGAUCGCCGACAGGAAUUACAUGGUAGGCCGACACGACUUUUACUUUAUUCCAAAAUGCUGCUUGUUCCCAUAAGUUUUUUCCUCUGCGGGGUAGAUUAUUCUCUGGAAGGUUCUACAUUUUCACUGAGCAAUAGCCUGUGAACAGGCCUUUGGUCGAUCAGGGAAUUAGGGAGAGGGAAACUGAGCAAAUGUGAUUUUAGCCGCUUGUUUCACACUGAGAGGUCAUGGCACACAUAUCGAUUUACUGUGGUUUUUGUUUCUGGUCGACAGGAUUUGCCCUCUGAUGCAAGAGCAUUUUCUUUUUUUGCGGCUGAAUAAGGGUCUUACUUUUCUCCAAAGUGCCUUCUCGAUCUGAAUAACUUAGCGAUUUUCUUUAGUCCGUGAAUGUAAUGAUUUUCUGCAAUGUUGUAUUCUGACGCUGGGCCCAGCUCGUCAGUGUUUAAAAAUUAUCACGGAUGGUUAUUUACAGAUCCAAAAUUAUAAGAUUGAAAUGCAGCUUAAACCGAAGCUACAUCAGCUAUGGAGAAUUGCAUUGUGCUUCGGUAACUAUAAACUCUAGCUUAGUGUUUUUGUAAAGACAGUUUGAGUCUUUUGACCGGAGGGCGUAGUUCCUGCCCGUGGUAAUAGUCGUUUGGACUGUUUUGUUAUUGCCACUCUGUGAUCAAAUCGCGUGCUACGUGCCAACCGAAAAGCCGAUGUCAAUCAGAUCUGUCAACAGUCAGUGUUCUCGCCAAUAGGAGCUUGCAUCAGGAUCUGAUGCACAGCGGGUGCCGUGGAACGGCGGCCACAAAGGUCUGUCCACAGGCCUUUUCGCUUUUCCCUCUCCCCACCCCGCUCGACUAAAGGCCUGUUCACAGGCUAAUGAUACCGGCAUCUAGGUUUCUAGGAAGCGACAACAAUUGCGUCCAAAAUAAAUUCCACACUUCUAGUUCCUAGGUUUCUAAGCCCCUCCCCCUCCCUCCCUUACUAAAAAGCUGAAUAUCUUUAAAUUUGUUCAAGAUAUGACAGCUGAACUUACAUGUACUUUGAGUGUAUGUUAACAUUGAAGUUACCAUAGCAACAGAGUUUUGACAGUCAUGGUUUUCAAAACAUGCUACUCCCCGGUCACUUAUCUAUUUUUUACUUCAAGACUACUUUGAUAGAAAACGCUUUUCCUUCUUUGUUUUUAUAGCUGACCAGGUUCACCCAAAUGAACGUGUGGACCCAUUACGUAUUCUGGGAUGGAGAAUAUCCCAAGGGCCCGGAUGAUAUCGUGUGUCGUAAGAGCCAGCAAAAGAAGCGGAACGAGACUGCCACUGCUUAUCAGGAAUCGAAUUUCAUCCUGGAUACUGGAGAAUAUUUUUGA